AUGGCUAGCGAGGAAAGACCGUUGGGCGUGACGCCGCCCAUCUCUACUGCUCUUCCCACGGAGGCGGAAAAUCAAGCGAAGGAAAUGCUCAUGCAAGAGUUGAGGAAGCAGAAUACUUUUGAGAGCGCUGCGGAUACCGAAAAGAGGCAAGUUGUCGAAUCAAGCCCCCGGGCAUUCCCGCACCUCGAGCGGAUAUGCGACGAAUUCGUGAAACGAGUGGCCCGGAAGAGGGAGGCAGGCAACGAAGCUCUCAUCAGAGACGCUAGAGGAAAGAUCUUCACCUAUGGCAGUUUUCGCUUGGGCGUCUUCGGCCCUGGCUCCGAUAUCGACACCCUCGUUGUGGCUCCGAAAUACGUCACACGCGCCGACUACUUCGAAAUCUUCCCCAACUUGCUGAAGGAAAUGGCGCCUCCUGGCUCAAUCACGGAUAUGGCUGUGGUAGCCGACGCUUUCGUGCCGAUCAUCAAAUUCGAGUUUUCCGGUAUCAGUAUCGACCUGAUCUUUUCUCGCAUUGCUAUGCUUAAGCAAUUGAACAAGGACUUCAAUGUACAAGACUCCGGCCUUCUUCGAGGGCUGGAUGAGGCCGAGCUUCGGUCGCUCAAUGGCACACGGGUUACAGACGAGAUUCUUAGCUUGGUUCCCGAGGAGAGCACCUUCAAGCUGGCCUUGCGUGCCAUCAAGCUUUGGGCGCAGCGUCGGGCCAUCUACGCGAAUAUCAUGGGAUUUCCUGGUGGUGUGGCUUGGGCCAUGCUGGUAGCCCGCGUCUGCCAACUAUACCCCAAAGCCGCGAGCUCUGUCAUCGUCAAUAAAUUCUUCCACAUCAUGCGCCGCUGGCCAUGGCCACAGCCUGUCCUUCUGAAGCACGUUGAAGGCGGCCCUUUGCAGGUCCGCGUUUGGAAUCCCAAGUUAUACAAGGGAGAUCAGUUCCAUCUGAUGCCCGUCAUCACCCCGGCCUACCCUUCCAUGUGCGCUACGUACAACAUUACCCGGUCGGCCAUGACUGUGAUCCAGCAAGAACUCGGCAGAGGAUGCGACAUUACUGACAACAUCAUGUUGGGCAAAAGCCCUUGGAGCGAUUUGUUUGUCAAGCAUACUUUCUUCACCAAGGGAUACAAAUAUUACAUCUCAGUCAUCACUGCUAGCACAGACAAGGAAGCACACAAGAUCUGGUCAGGCUAUGUGGAAUCCAAGGUCCGUGUUUUGGUUCAAGGCUUGGAACAGCACCAAUCGAUAGCUUUGGCCCAUGCAUUCAACAAAGGUUACGAGCGCCGGCACAGGUGUGCGAACGAGGGAGAAAUCUCCCAAGUUCAAGCUGGCAGUUUCUCGUUCCUAGCAAAGGACAGCGACGUCCAACAAGAGGACUUUGAGGAAGUGGUCAAGGUUGAAAAGGUUGAAACGGCUGAAACGAAGCCCGACUUGAGCAGCAUCCCAGGGUUCAAGACGGAACCCACUGACGACGUACCUGGGCCCAAGACUGAAGAAGAUGAGACACAGCUAGGAGUGAAGACGGAAGGGGUCAAGUCGGAAGGCGAAGAUUCCAACGCUCUCAGCCAAAUUCCGAAGCAUAACCCUUAUACCGACGUCUUCACCACCACGCACUACAUCGGGCUGACCCUGAGCGAAGGCGCGAAAUCACUUGAUCUUUCCUAUCAAGUCGAGAACUUCAAGGCUCUAUGUACGCAGUGGGAGAAAUACGACGCGGCUCUUAACUCGUUGAAUGUUCAGCAUGUGCGCAGCUUCAACCUUCCCGACGACGUCUUUGAACCCAACGAAACGAAGCCUCAGAAGCCUCAGAAGAAGCGUGUCAAUCCGAACGCGAAUGGCGCGGCUCAGAUCAAGAAGAGGAGUGCUUCAGAGGAAAACCAAGAACCACCCGCCAAGCGCCAGCAAGCUUCUGUCACGGCUGCCGGUUGA